AUGCCUGGCAAAACAACCCCCACGCCGCGCAUCACCAAAUUUACCAACUGCCGCGUCGUCAAGGGCAAAGACCUGGUCGAGAAGGAUGUAUGGAUUGAUUCGCUGUCGGGCAAGAUCCUCAAAGACCAAGAGGCCUUCUACGGCCUCCAUCUCUCUCCGGACGAAAUCAUCGAUCUCGGCGGGCGGAUCCUGGCGCCCGGCCUCAUCGAUGUGCAGUUGAACGGUGCGCAGGGCUUUGAUUUCUCGGUACCCCAAGCGUCCAAAGAGAAAUAUGAUGAAGGGCUGCGCAUGGUCAACAAGGGUCUUGCGCGGACUGGUGUGACGUCGUAUCUGCCGACUGUGGUCAGCUCAACGCCAGAGGUGUACUGGAAGGUGCUUCCAUCAUUAGGCCCAUCGGGAAGUCAUCAUCGUGGUGAAGAUGGUGCGGAAUCGCUGGGCGCCCAUGUAGAAGGGCCGUUUAUUAGCCCCGGCCGCAAUGGGAUCCACAAGACUGAAGUACUCCGCGCGGCCGAGAGCUACGAAGACGUAGCAGAGUGUUACGGCAGAGAGAACCUGACUGGCAGCUCCAAGGCGAUCAAGAUGAUCACCGCGGCACCCGAGGUGGGCAACAUGAUAUCGAACAUCCCUUCCUUGACGGCCGAGGGGAUCAUCUACUCCAUCGGCCACUCGGACGCAACCUACGAACAGGCCCUCGCAGCCACCAGCGAAGGCGCCACCAUGAUCACCCAUCUCUUCAACGCAAUGCGGCCCUUCUACCAUCGCAACCCGGGCAUCUUCGGCCUGCUGGGCCAGAGUGAGCGCCGCCGGCCCUACUACGGCGUCAUCGCCGACGGCAUCCACCUCCACCCGACCUCCAUCCGAAUCGCAUACAACGCCCACCCGGAAGGCCUGAUCCUCGUCACCGACGCCAUGAAACUCUGCGGCCUGCCCGACGGCGUCUACGACUGGACCAACGGCGAGCGCAUCGUCAAGACCGGCGCCCGCCUGACCCUCGAGGGCUCGGACAAGAUCGCCGGCAGCUCCGCCACCCUCAUUGAGUGCGUGAACAAUUUCCGGCGCUGGUCGGGUGCCUCGACGGCCGAGGCCCUCAACGCCGUCACGGCCACCCCCGCGCGGCUGCUGGGCCUGCAGGGCGUCAAGGGUACGCUCGACGGCGGCGCCGAUGCCGAUCUGGUCGUGCUGAGCGAUGAGGAGCGCCCAUUCUCAGAGCCCACUCUGACCGUCUGCCAGGUGUGGAAACGCGGUGUCAAAAUCCACGAUACGGGGUCUACUGACAAGGAGCUUGCUCUGUAA